UACAACACCUGUCAACACAAUGCACCUCUUCUCUAAAGCCGGACUCUAGGAAUGGUAUUUGUUGCCACUAACAGGAUGGAGUGGCUGUUCCAGCGAUGGCUUAAAGACGCUGUCUUCCACUCUGUGUUUCGGUCGGUGUUGCUCAUGUCUUGUGUGCUCUUGGUCCUGUCCGUGUCCAUGUAUCCUGGGUUGUGGUCCAUUGGCGUCCAGCUUCAUUCAGCCUUCACAGGGAGCUACGUACCAGGCCAUCACUCUGUCCUUCUCCUCAACAGUCCCAACGAACAGGCAGCCAAGGACAUUGGCAGAGCGAUCAUGGAGAGGCGGCUUGCAGCCAGUAUUAACAUUCUCUCCAGGACCUCCACGAUGUACUACUGGAAGGGCGAAAUCCAGGAUGCAAGUGAAAUUCUGAUGCUGGUGAAAACAAAGACCUCCAGGAUCCAGCAAGUCAUAGAUUAUGUGAGGUCUAUCCACCCCUAUGCAAACCCAGAGGUCCUCAGCUUGACAGUGGAGGACGGCAGUCUGCCGUACAUGAAGUGGAUGGAUGAAGCCAUUCCAGAUGACUGAUACAUCAUUAAAAUCAAAGCCAGUCUCAGCAUGGAUUGCAGCUGCAUGAGGAAACCCAGCCAUGUGUACAUGCUGUUGUUUGAAAGCUUUGGAUCGAAGGCUUCAGGAAGUACUCUGUUGAACAAAAGUUCAAUACAUGACAUUUACAUUCUUUUUUUUUGCUCUGACCUUUUCACUGUAAAUUCCACAAUGUACUGUGGAGAUUUGAUUUCAGUCCUUUAAAGAGCUUUAUACCACAGCCACAGAAAAUAAUUGUUUCUGAUUGGCUGCCAGCUGUCAGUGAAAAUUGUAUGAUGGGACAAGUGAAGCAUAUAAUCAACAAGAGGUGCUGCAGUACAUGUAGUACUGUAGUACAGUUCAUUCUCACUGGCAAAACUGAUGCAACAUGAAUUACACUGACCACAAACUAUCUUUUAAAAGUGGUGCAUCACGCACUUUAUGCAUUACUGCUUAAAUAUUGAUGCAUUUUUUUAUACAGGUAACACUAUCUUCUAAUGGCAGUAAUAUAAAAAUAUUAAUUAUUAGCAUUGUUCAUUUGUGACAAUCACAUGAUGACAGCAAUAACUGUAAGUUUCUGAAGAACGUUUCACUUACUUCUCCUCCUCUUACACUUCGUAGCCAGAAAGUAAGUUGUGACUUAACUUCCGUUGUGAGGCUUUUGCCUCACAAAAACUUUUAAAUUUUACCUUAUGCUAACAAAAACUAUGGAUAGCGUUAUGAAUUUGAAAGUCACAAGAGUUUUUAAGCUGUUUUCAAAACGCUGAGUUCUAACAAAAAGAAGCCUGAUCAGCAACACUCAGAAGAACAGGACGUCAGAGCAAUCUGCAUAUACCUACCGUUCAAUACUUGAUUGAUGUGUCAGGCUUUAUGAGGGCAACACAAACACGUGCACAUGUAUGAUAUUAACAUUUUCUUUAUUGAUGUGGGGGAUGCAAGUAAACUAGUAAAACAAAAAGGUACUGCUGAAUUUCAGUCCUACUCUGCUGCUUGGUUAGCUCAGCUUGUACUAAUAAAACAUUUACUAGCAUCAUGUAUGACCUCAAAUAACUGAGGAUAAAUGAACAGAUAUGACAGACAGUACUUGGCAUUAUUGUACAUCUUAACCAUUUUAAGACACUGUUUCUCCUCAGCUCCUUUGUCUCUCAUGUGCAUUCCUAAUGACUCAUUAAAAAAUGUUUUCGUUUCUUGGUUUGCAUAUAAAAGAACUGCUGCUGAUCAGAGCAUGUCUCCCUUGGAUAACACAUUCUUCCU